AUGAAGGAUAUCCAAGACCCUGCUGUUCAGGAUCAGUGCCAACUUCAAGUAAUCACUAUCAACCUUAUUGCUCUUCACGUCGGUGCCUAUGGAGCUCUAGACGAUUACAGCUUGAUCGUCGAAAAGUUGAAGAAGUCCGAUCUUCGCGAGUUUGCGACCAGUGUCCGGGAUACCAUCUACUCCUUGACUUCAUCUCGUCCUCAUGACAAGGAAGACUCGAAUGGCCAUCUCCAGGGCAACAUUGACGAGCUCCUGCGAAACUCAACUUCUGCUUUCUUUUCAACUUUAUCUUCCAAGGGGAUGCCAGAACAACAACUUGAACCUAUAAAUGCUCUUAAGGAUAUGGCUGGACUGCUUGAACUUGAUAUUGACGACUCGGCCGACAUUUCACUUCACCUAAUCGCUACUUGUGGCAUCGCGUUGUCUCAAAUCGGCCAAGUCAUUCCCUACAACAAAGGGAGUUCACUUGCCAGACACUGCUGGAUGGUUCUUGAGCCUUUCAACAGGAUGCUACAUGUCAACACCUCCCCACAAAGUCGGUGGUGGUCAUCUUUAGAGGAGAUAGCUCAACAAAGAAACCAUAAUAAUUGCAAUACCUGGGCCAACCGCCAUAUCACCAGCGAGCUCUCCGAUCGUCAAAUUCUGGAGAAACUCUGGGAUAGACAAGAUGUUAUUAUCCAUCGAAUAGACCAGGUCUUAAAUCGUACUGGCAGCUUAGACAGUUCGGUUAAGUCUUGUCAGAACACGGACCGCCACGGUACGGACCAAGACGGGGGCCAACGGAUGAGCAUAUUUGAGUUGCUAGCUGCCAGCCGCAAAGAGUUUUAA